CCCCCCCCCCCCCCCGAUUCCUCCUCCUUUUCCUCCCCAGCCCCGUUUUACUUCCUGGAGCUGGCGGAUGGUGCGGGCAGCCUCCCCUGCGAAAGCGGAGCCCGCCUCCGACAUGUUUCCCUUUGCUUAGCCAUGCAGCUUGGCCUGCCCGGGGGAGGGGAUGGAAGACCUGCCACCCUGACCAGAGAAAGGGGGAAAAUAAGCCCAGCCUCGCAGCCCUCCAUGGCCCUUUCUCCCCGCUUCCCUGGCAGCGCGGUGCAAGCCUAGCGCCAGCUUGAGAGCCGGGGGGGGCCCCCUUUGCCCCCAUUGAAUGAGUGGGUUCCCAACCCCCCCAUCAUCCCUCCCCUCCUGGACCCGAGCCCAGGGACGGGGAAGGACCCCGCUGGUUGUGUGGACUGGCCGGACAGGCGCAGGUAAAGCCCCCGAAGGGAGCUGGGGCCACCCACUGCCCUGCCACGAUGCGGAGAGGCAGGGAGGGGCUGCCACAUUGAGGGAGCGGGGGGGCGGCGGAGAGACGGAGCCCCCCGCCAUGGGAGAGCCGCGGCUCGAUGGCCCCGCACCGGCCGGCACAGCUUUUCACCAAAUGCCAGUGGAUUCAAAUUCCCUUUACCAGACAGCAGUUUCGGUGCUGCAUAACUCAUAUUUGGAUUCCACAUCUCGGAAUGGCUUUCAGUACAGUUGCGUGACUUUGGUGGAAAAUGAUGCCUUUUUAAAGGAGUACAAAACUUUUAGCCAAGAAAAGGAAGCGAGUGGCUAUACUAAGGAGGAACUUGACGAGACCUAUGCAUUUCUUCUGUUUGAUAGUGAAAGAGAGGCAAAAGCAGUGUGUCAGAGUGGACUUCGUAUAAACACCAGAUCCCUUACCACGCUAGGUGAUCCAGCAAAAGGGGCGUAUGUUUCCAAGUACUCAGACUACCUUCAUCCAAGGCCCUGGUAUCAUGGAAAAUCUGGCUGUAUUGUAAUUUUUAAACUAAUUAAGGGAAAGGUCAAGUUCGUGCCAGAGAAUUACACGGCGAAUUACACCAAUCCGACUCCUGGCUAUGACUGCCACAUCUCUGUGAACAUAAACAAUAUUUCCUUGGAGACUAGUCAUUUUCGGGCCUUCGAACUGAGUCAGUAUUACGUGUAUGAAUUUUCCAGUGACAGUGUUGUUGAACGCCCUAGACAGCUCUGCCCCUAUGUAAUAAUAGCCUUUCAAUACACGGAGCCUAAAAUAAUGUCAACAUUAAAUCAUAAAAGCAUAAUUGAACUUGAAAAUAAAGUAUAUUGUUGCCCAUGGAGAGGGCAGCUUUCUAUCCAGGGGCACAUAUUGUGUGAUAUAGCCCUUAGGUCCCCAUAUAGUGCUGUGAUUCCAGCACAACUGCCGGACAAAUUGGAAAUUAAAUAUAUCAUAGAUGUGUCUGAUUUGAAAAAAAAGCUACCGGAAGCUGCAUUUGGAAAAAGUAAUUACACAAAAAAUGAAGUCUGUUAUCAAGAUAUUUACUUCAGUUUAUAUGAAGUUGAAAUUUCAAAUAAAGACCAACAUAAAAUGGAUCCAUUAUUAGAAAACCUAAAGGAAAAGGAGUUGGCAAUCAUCAAAUAUUUACAAGAUCAAGGGUUUCUUAUUUUACUUACAUCCUCUGUGUUAACAGGGGACAAAGAUUUUGACCUAGACAAGCCCAUCAGUCUCCAAGCAUUGUUUUUAUUCCCUUCAUCUAGAUCAGUACGUUUGACAGUAAAAAAACAAGAAUUGAACUGUGAAAACGAACUUAACGAGAUCUCUUUAAAAGUAACCUCUAUUUUGCCUGGCCUUCGCUAUGCCAUACAGGAAGCUACAAAAUGUCCACCUGAGGCAGGAAUCCAUUCCAGCAUUUUGGUUAAGCGGUACUUCCAGAAAUUUGCAAAACUUGAUAAAAAUUCACUUGCAGCUUCUGGCAGAAAUGACAAUUUACCCCUUUCUUGUGCUCUAUCACUAAAUAAGACUGAAAGUGUUUCUCCUUCUGAAAAAUGCCAAAAAGAGUCAUUUUCCCAACUGCAGUCCUACAUUUCUGACCCCAGCAGCUAUUCUUUGGAAAUGUCCGUGGCCUUAGACUGUUUGGUGGGCAAUGGUCAGUCCCUGUGCGGCGUUUCUGACAGAACCUGUGAUGCCGACUUUUCUUUCGUUUUGUCACCGGACUCUGUGCUUCCUGACAUAGCAGCAGAGAUAAGACUUGAAACUGAAAAACCUAAGAAUACUCCAGAAUUGAACCAGUUUCAGGAAGAUACCAAGAUAGGAAUGAACCCAGCAGGUAAUCUGAAGAUGCAGCAGAAUAAGAGGAAAUCCAGCAGAGCCAUUGUGACUAGCACAAAGAAGAAAUGGGCCCCUUUUAAAAUUCUUUCUGUGGUGGACAGCAACAGAAAAGGGACUACAAAGAAAAAGAUGAAUGUUUCUUUUCCUUUCCCCAAAAAACAAGGACUUACAACAAAUUCUAAUGAACCCACGCUUAAAUUAGCAAAUUUGCAGUUUCCACAUAAAAGGAAAAGAGGUGCUGAGGUACUCUCUGCAGAAUUUGUACACAGGACACAAUCUGAGCCUACAACUAAAGGAACUUCUUCGCCUGAAGAUAUUAGUUUGGAUACCAAGAAACCAAGGAAACUGAAGCAACCAGAUGAAAAAGAUGUUCAGACUUCUGACAAAGUCGCAAAGCAAACAAAAAUAAGGAAAGAGACUUUGUCACUGUCAUCAAAUGAAAUUCCAUCAGAAAGUCAAGGGACAGUCAGCGGUGCAAAUGAGACUUACACACAAAGUGUUACUGCUCCAGAUGUCAACCUGACUCUGAAAGGAAGUAACUAUGAAUCACCUGGGUUGAAUUUGUUGGCUGAUCUAGCUCUGAGCUCUUGCAUUCCUCCACUUGAUUGUAAAGAUAGUAGAGUUGCCUCUCCAGAUGACCUCUCAAAAGAGCGACGCUCUCUUCGGAAAAGGAAGCCUUCGCGAAUUGCUUCAGAUCAUGAAUACCACAGGGUGGAUAAACAUCUAAAGGGAGGAUCCUCUUCUAGCAAAACAGAGAACUUGCAGAAACUUCCUUCUCCUGCAAAAUCUGAUUUAAGAAAAGACUUAGCUGCUAUCCCAAGAGAUAAAAGCCCUGUAAUUUCCAGCAAGAAGAACUGCACAAGCCCUAACUCUGCAAAAGCCCGGCCAUUGCUUUCCAAAGAGGUGCUCGAUACUUCAGAUGUGAGCAAGCAUUCUUCUAUUGCCUCUGAGCACUCUUAUGCCUCACAGGUGUCAGAACAUUCUAAAAAACACACCCUCCCAAAAGGAGGACAGGGCCCUGCUGCCUUCAGAAAUGGAGCUAAAAAUGCUAACUCAGGUCCCAUAGUUGGGAAAGUUCUGCCUUUCCGGCAUCAGCAGAACAAUACUCAUACGCAGAAGCCCUUUGACGACUUAGUAGUAAAACGCAGAAGAAGUGUCCUUUCUUCCAGGUUGAAGGAAGACUUCUCCAAGUCUCACACAGUGAAGAGCUGUGAUGGAUCUGUUACGGUGACCUGUCAAUGGGAAGCUGAAUACCUCUUCAAUUUAGAUAGCAAAUACACCAACAAUUCUUUAGAGAAAACUGUGAUUCGUGCUCUGCAUGGGCCCUGGGACCCUGAUAUGCCCGAUGAUGUGGAAGAAAUGAAGCUUAUACUUCACAUGUGGGUAGCUCUGUUUUAUAGCAAACCAAACAAAUUCCUAAGCAGUACGAGAAAGGUGGUAGAACACAGUAACCCUGAAAAAUAUGUAUCAAUAAACAGUAGUCUGGAUGCUUUUGAAUUAAGUGAUGACUGUGAAGGAACUUUGGAUCUAGAAAAGUGCCCGGCAGACUCUCAGUCUGAGGCCAAUCAGGCUUCCAGCACUACUCUGGAUCCUUCUGAAUUAAGCGAUGACUGUGAAGGAGCUUUUGGCUUGGAAAAAUGUCCUGCAGAUUCUCAGUCUGAGGUCAAUCAGGUUUCCAGCAGUAUCCACAGCACAGUAUCGUAUUCCUCUGAGCAACUGCUUUCUUGUGAUGAACCGUCAUCCACGAGUUGCACAAAGACCUUUUCAAACGACGACUGCUGUGAUCCUAGCAGCCCGCCUUUGAAGGAUGGACCACAAGAGGUGAUUAUCGAUGGAUGCGUAGAUAUCAUCCAUGUGUUCAAUAAGGUUGAUGAAGAGAAGAGUGGAAGAGAGGAAUUGCUGGACCCUGUAAUUUCCUUCAGUAGCUCUACCUGCAGCCCUUCUGGUAAACCCAGCAAUACAAGGAUAAGACCUGAAGAAUUUUCCACUGAUGACUCCGAUGAAGCACAUCAAGCCUUUGAUUUAAGUAAAGUUUCACAGAGUGACUCUGCAUUUUCACAGACUGAAUUUACAGAGAACCAGGAAAAUGAACAGCCAGCGAUUAUUAGUAAUGAUACUGUCAUUUCCGAGGGAAAAAAGACACUGGACAGCAUCACUCUCUCUGCAGAGGAUAAAGACAAUUGCCAGGUUGGUGGUGAUGAAUCACUAUGUCUCUGUGAAGCAAUUCAAUUAGAAAUGAAUAUGAAGAGCACAGAACACAAUAGCCCAUGUGGAAAAGGGAAAGAAUCAUAUGAUCCAUUAGAAAACCAGGGAGAAGAGGAGGAGGAAGAUUUUGACUAUGAAAGUAUAAAUGUAGAACCAAUUGAUUUAGCACUUUCUGAAAGUAAUGAUGCUGAUCUGGAACAUGAAGAUAUGGACCAGGAUCCAAUCAAUUUAGUACUUCCUAAGGAAAUUUGCAUACUGGACGAGAGCAAAGCAAUCAGUCGAGUUGACUUGGAAGAACCCUUUGAUAGUGUAUUAACUCUAACAUUAUCACCUGGUGCAAGUCCUGUCCAGGAUGUACCUUCUGAUGAAAUAACACAAUCUGCAGAUGCACUUUCAGAGAACCAGGAGGUCACUGUCAAACCAGCUGAAGACAUUAAUGAUGCAGAUAUGGAACAUGAAGAUAUGGACCAGGAUCCAAUCAAUUUAGUACUUCCUAAGGAAAUUUGCAUACCUGACAACAUCAAAGCGAUCAGUCCAGUUGACGUGGAAGAACCCUUUGAUAGUGUAUUAACUCUAACAUUAUCACCUAGUGCAAGUCCUGUCCAGGAUGUACCUUCUGAUGAAAUAACACAAUCUGCAGAUGCACUUUCAGAGAACCAGGAGGUCACUGUCAAACCAGCUGAAGACAUUAAUGAUGCAGAUAUGGAACAUGAAGAUAUGGACCAGGAUCCAAUCAAUUUAGUACUUCCUAAGGAAAUUUGCAUACCUGACAAGAGCAAAGCGAUCAGUCCAGUUGACUUGGAAGAACCCUUUGAUAGUGUAUUAACUCUAACAUUAUCACCUGGUGCAAGUCCUGUCCAGGACGUACCUUCUGAUGAAAUAACACAAUCUGCAGAUGCACUUCCGGAGAACCAAGAAAUCACUGUCCAACCAGCUGAAGAAAUUAAGCCAUUAGCACAAAGUGAUUCAGUAGAGGACAGCUGCAUUUCUCAGGAAGACAGAGGAAGUGAUUCUGCCAAUUACACUCCUCUGAGUAUUAAAGACUCAAAUCAAGUACAAAGCAAUACAGCAACUCAAGGAGAGCAAAAGAAGCCUUCUAGUGACACAGCCGAGCUGCUGAACAAAUCUUCAGGAGCAAGUGAAAGCCCAUGCCUAGUCUUUAAAAAUACACACUUGGAAGCUGACUCUGAAGCUGAGAAAAGCUGUGACAAAUUUAAGAAUACCAGAGUCUGUUCUGUUACUAAAAAGUCACCAUGUAAUGAUGAAUUAAACCAGAUAACUAUGGUUGUUACACAUGGAGAAAAUGAGGCCUCUCUUUGCAAAUCGGUAGAAUCCGCUUGUAUCUUAUCAGUGGAUAAUGAAAAAUCUUUUGCUAAAGAACAUUUGGACUUGAAACAAAUUCAUGUGGUAAACCAUCAGUAUAUGCACAGUCUUAUUUUGAGUGAGGAAGAGACAAGUCCGGCUGCCGAGCCCACUCGUACUGACCCAGGACUGAUGACUGGCUCUCCUUUUCAGCAGCAUGGCAGCCCUAUUAGCAGAGAGACUGAACUGCCCAAAAGUAUAUUAGAGCCAAGUGAACGUGAUCUGGUGCUUUGCAAAGAUAUGACUUCUGACCACACUGAUCAAAGAGAUGUUACGGAAAUGUGCUCCAUCUCUGAGAGUCAAACACCCUUGUCUGCUGGGGACGACUCCUCAUGUUCUUGUUGUACGGAACAACCAAAGAAAGACAAAUUUCUAGAACAUGGAACCCCUGUAGGUAAAAGAGCAGACUUACUGGGGAGUAAGGAAGAGAUUUCUCCAACUGACAAGCCCACUUGUACUAAUCCAGAAUUGUUGACUGCGGUUGCUUUUCAGCCACAUAGUAUCCCCAUCAGCAGAGAGACAGAUGUGCACACUAGUUCACUGAAGCAAAGUGAAAAGAAUCCAGUAUUUUCCAAAAGUAUGAAUUCUGACCACAUUGAUCAAAUAGCUGUGAUGGAGAUAGCUUCGUCUGCUGUGGAAGACUUCUCAGGUUCCUGUUACACAGAACGGGCGAAAAAAGACAUGUUUUUAGAACAUGAAAUCCCUGUCGGCAAAGUAGCAGACUUAGUAGAGAAUGAUGACAAAGAAGAACCCACAUCAUGUGAGGAAUUUGAUCUCGGAAGCAGUAGCCCUGCUGCGAGCACUGCAUCUGUCUUAGAAGAGGAGGAGGAACAGUUCGCAGAAGCAUAUGACCAGAGCUCUGUUUGUGAAAUAACAGAACUGCAGAGUGAUUGUAUGAUGGAAGAAUCUAAUAUGGUUGCUGAUUUACAUCAAACCGACUCCGAUGUCACUAGGGAAGAAAUCCCUGUUUCCUCUGUUCAAAUGCCUACAUUAUGUGCACACACAGACUCUAGAGAGACUCUGGAACUUAGUGAUACUGAGGAUAUUUUGGAGGAACAUGUGGCCAACCAAGUUACAAAAUUCCCUAACAAAGAUAGAGGUGUGCAUUUGACUUUUGAAAGUUUAUCAUAUGAGUCUUUUUCUGGAGACUCUGACCAGGAGUACUUUGGAGGUACUGUACCUCCCACAGCUAAAUUUAGGGGCUCUUGUAGUACAAGAGCCAUUGGUGCGAUCCCUGCAACAGCAGUUACAAGGACUAAUUACAAUGAUUCAUGUAUAAGCUCAGAGAAUGAAAACUGGAAGAGUGAUGACUGGAACUCCUUGGAAGCAGACAAAAGAUUUUCAGUUGUUGAGUCAGGCUGGCCCAUUGGGUUUAGAGAAGAUGAUAGAUAUGUGCCCCCUUUUGUCAAUAUUAAAGAUGAUCAGGGCACUCUGAGGGAUUAUACAAACUUUAUUGUUACCAAAAAACACAAAGCUAAAACUAGACCAUUACAAUCUUCCAAGAGACAUGACAAUUCUGUGGAACGAUCUGACUUAAUAAGCUCAUUGACUAGGACCUGGAAGGUUAUUGAUGAUCUUACCCAGAACACUUUAGAUAUGGAAUGUCUGCGUUUCAGUUAUAAGCUAAAACAAAUAAUAAAGAGCCAGAAAUCACGACUUUCUACCUCCAACAAUAUCUUUUCAAAAGAGUUUUCUGCCCAGGUCAUGGCUGAGACUUUGCCCCUGAGAGAGGCUCCUGAAGCCCCUAGUCUAAAUGCACCAUCCAGGAGUAGGAGCCCCCUUCUGAUAACAGUUCUGCGUUCAGAUGCAAGGCAGCGUAGUUCAAGUUGGCACCUGAGAAAUGAUACAUACACAGAUUUUGCUGAACCACCUCUCUUUGUGCCAUGGCAGGAUAAAUUUAGCAAUGAAAGAAAUGCUGCAAAAGUCAAAAGUCAGGGUCGUGACUAUGCUAGUCCUUUACAUCUCGGCAAAUUAAAAUAUGAUGAUAAACUAAAAGAAUCUCGGGGGGAUAUUUCGGUUAUUUUAAAUGAAUAUGCUGAGUUCAAUAGGGUGAUGUUGAACAAUGUACAUGCGGGUAACAAAGGAAGAAGUCAGAGCACUACCUCAGAAGAGUCUGCAGCCGAAAGGAAAAAAUGCACACGUUUUCCCAAAAGAACAGCCUCCUAUGAGAACAUGAUUAGUGACUUAUGCAGCACUCUACACUAUAGACUGAAAAGUGUUGUUAAAGAGGCUUGCAAAAAUGCGUGUAUGUUCUACCUGGUUGAAACAGAAGAUGAUCCUUUCUUUGUGAGAAUGAAGAGCUUAUUGAAGAAAAGUGGCCACACUGAAAUUGAACCUCUGGAUUUCUGUAAAACACAACAGCUGGAGACAGACAGACUGAUUGUCAUUAUUAGAAAUGAGGACAUAUCUUUGCAUAUUCAUAAAAUCCCUUCCUUGCUGAGAUUAAAGCACUGCCCAAAUGUAACCUUUGCUGGAGUGGACAGCCCAGAGGAUAUAACUGAUCACACUUAUCAGGAGCUGUUUCACAUGGGGGGGUUUGUGGUCUCUGAUGAUGAAGUGUUAGAAACUGUAACUUUAGGUCAGCUGAAGGAAAUAGUUAAAACACUGGAAAAGCUGAAUAGUCAUGGAAAGUGGAAAUGGCUUCUUCACUACAAAGAAAGUAAAAAACUAAAAGAAGACAUAAGGGUGGAUUCUACUGCGCACAAAAAGAACUGGAUACUGAAAUCGUGCCAGGAAGCUAAUACCAUGGAAGUUCUUCACUACCAUCAGUGUGACUCCAAAUCUUGCCCAAAAUCCGAGCAUCUGAAGUGCGUGUUGAACUUGCAGGUUCAGCAGAUCAGUGCGAGGUUUGCUGUGUAUCUCACAGAUAAGCCCGGCGUCAGCAGAGAGGUCUUUGAAAGCAAAGGGAUCCUAGUCACUGAUGUCAGUAACUUCGCUGGAACUGUGCAGAACGUGGUUGCCCCAUUUCAAAGCAGCUGUUGGUUAUGAAAUUCAAGGACAGCGCAGGUGGUUCCAGUGACCAAGAAUGAAGCUUUUGUUAAAAUAGUUUAGCUAAAGGUAACUUGUUGGGGUUCUGCUGUUACAGAAUAAAGUUCUCGGCGCAGAAGUAGUAGUUUUCCCUUUUUUAGUAGGAUGUUAAUUAUCUGAGGAUAGCCAGUGAGUAGCAGUAGAAGAGAUGCACCCCACUCCAGCUGCAUAGGAAGGGAGUUAUGUCCAUGUAUACAGUAUUUUAAAUUAUUUGUUUUCUGAAGUUAGUACAGCUGCACUUGGAAACAGUAGGGGAAGAACAAGUUUACUUGAAGCUUAGAGAUGUUAGUCCAUUUUAGCAAGUGCUUUUUAUAAAUGCGUGUUUAUGGUACAUAAGAGACACAACCUGCAUGUGGUAUGACAGGAUUUUGGUACAUUUUCCGUGUGUUCAAGAUUACUACUCCAGAUCACUAAGUCUGUGACUGGUGACUCAACACUACAUUACGUUCUCACUGGUUUUCUAAUGGUACCGUUUGACUUGUGGGACUUCUCUUUUCCACUAGCUGGAACUCUUGUAAAUAGCAGAAUGUCAGGAUUCUGGAACAAAACGCAUAUUUAUGGGACUCUAAAAACCUAAUCGUUUUGAAAGGAAACUUCAGCACACAAGCAACAUUUGUAAGAUACUUAAGGUAUCUACUGGGAGGAAGUGUUUUGUAACUAAUCAUUUUUUUAAAAUAAAGCAGACAAAGUAAAGCUGUCGUGUACAGGAUGACUUUGUAUAACGUUUCACUAAUAAAACAAGACAAUUCAAAGUC